GAAAGCCCCGCAUGGGGGCGUCGUUCGCACACUUUGAAGCACACUACGCACACUGGAGCGCCAGAAAGUGCGCUCGGAGAGAAAGAAACAUAACAUUGCUUGGAACUGUUUAUCCUGACGUCAGUUUGAACAGCUCGCACUGCCCCCGUAUCACUUCACGCGACUCUGAACUGAGCUUCGGCUGGAUUUCAGCAAUCGAUGAACUUCACCAUCCAAACUACUGGAGUCACUGAAAUGAUUUCGGCUUGUUUUCCCAACUGGACUAACAACAUAAAAUGAAUACCUGCGCAUUUCUCUUGAUCCUGGCUGUUCAGAUUCACGCCGACAGCGUUGAGGGACCAACAGCGGGCUGCACGUUUGAUGAGGACUCCGACCCCAGCCUGUGCGAGUUCAGCCAAGGGGAGGAGGAUGACUUUGAUUGGCAGCUGUUCCGCGCUCACGCCUCGCCACACUCCACCUCUGAUCUUCUGCGCGGCUCCUACAUGAUGGUCAAUUCCUCCCAGCAUGCAGCGGGGCAGAGGGCUCAGCUUCUGCUACAGACACUAAGUGAAAACGACACGCACUGCGUGCAGUUCAGCUACUUCCUGUACAGCAGAGAUGGCCACAGCCCGGGGGCGCUGCGGGUUUAUGUGCGGGUCAAUGGUGGACCGCUUGGCAUUCCCGUGUGGAAUAUCUCUGGCUCGCGUGGACGACAGUGGCACCAGGUGGAACUGGCAGUCAGCACUUUCUGGCCAAAUGAGUACCAGAUAUUGCUGGAGGCGACUGUGGACCGCAAAGGCUACAUUGCAGUUGAUGACAUACUCCUGUUGAACUACCCCUGUUAUAAAGCCCCUCAUUUUUCCCGUUUGGGGGAUGUGGAGGUCAACGCUGGACAAAACGCCACUUUCCAGUGUGUGGCAGCUGGACGUCCUAAUGAAGCAGAGAAGUUUCUGUUGGAGCGGCACAAUGGUGAAAUGUCUUCAGGUGGUUCUGUCAAGCACUUGGGCCGCAACCGCUUCUCAGUGUCCUUUCAACUGGAGGACAUCCAGAAGCCAGAGCAGGACCUCUAUCGCUGCGUCACGCAGUCCUCCAGAGGCUCCGGCGUCUCCAACUUUGCUGAACUCAUUGUCAAAGUUCCUCCAUCUCCCAUUGCUCCACCCCAGCUGUUGAGAGCGGGCUCCACAUAUUUGAUCAUUCAACUAAACACAAACUCCAUUCUGGGCGAUGGCCCCAUCAUCCGUCGGGAAAUCGAAUAUCGGGCCAGCCAGGCACCUUGGUCGGAGAUCCUUGGAGUUAACAUGGUUACCUAUAAGCUCUGGCACCUGGAUCCAGAUACAGAGUACCAUAUCAGUGUGCUGCUCACCCGGCCGGGCGAGGGUGGGACGGGGCCACCAGGACCACCCCUCAUCAGCAGAACCAAAUGUGCAGAGCCCAUGCGGGCGCUGCGUGGUCUUCGAGCCUUGGAGAUCCAGUCCCGGCAGCUGACCUUGCAGUGGGAGACGCCGGCCUUCAACCUGACCCGCUGCCACACAUACUCAGUCUCUUUGUGUUACCGCUACACAACCGCAGGGGGCGGCGGUGGGCACAACACCACAGUGAGAGAAUGCCUGGCUGUUGAGCACAACAUUUCACGCUUCACCCUCAGAGAUCUGCCUCCUUUUCACACCAUCCAAAUACGCCUGGCACUUGCCAACACCGAGGGCAAGAAGGAAGGGAAGGAGGUCAUGUUUCAAACUGAGGAGGACAUUCCCGGAGGCAUUGCUCCCGAGUCUCUUACCUUCACUCCGCUGGAAGAUAUGAUCUUCCUGAAGUGGGAGGAGCCGGUGGAACCCAACGGUCUCAUCACACAGUAUGAGAUCAGCUACCAGAGCAUUGAAUCAUCAGACCCCGGGAUCAAUGUUCCAGGCCCGAGGCGCACCGUAUCCAAACUGAGGAACGAGACUUACCAUAUGUUCUCCAACCUGCAUCCUGGCACCACCUACCUGAUCUCUGUGCGGGCGCGCACCGCCAAAGGCUUCGGCCAAACAGCACUCACUGAGAUCACCACCAACAUCUCUGCACCUACAUUCGAUUAUGGAGACAUGCCGUCCCCCCUGAGUGAGACAGAAAGCACCAUCACAGUCCUGCUGCGUCCAGCACAAGGCCGAGGAGCUCCGGUCAGCACAUAUCAAGUGAUUGUGGAGGAGGAAGCUGGUAGGAAGGUGAAGAGAGAACUGGGCGUUCAGGACUGCUUCCCCAUUCCAACAUCUCACGGUGAGGCUCAGGCCCAUGGAGCUCCACACUACUAUACAGCCGAACUUCCCCCGAGCAGCCUGCCCCAGGCUACACCCUUUACUGUGGGGGACAACCACACCUACAAUGGCUACUGGAACAGCCCUCUGGACCCCAGGAAGAACUACCUCAUCUUCUUCCAGGCCAUGAGCAACUUUAGAGGCGAAACAAGGAUAAACUGCAUCCGCAUCGCCCGUAAAGCUGCCUGUAAAGACCAUCAGCGUGCUCUUGAGGUCACACAGCGCUCAGAGGAGAUGGGGCUCAUCCUAGGAGUGUGCGCUGGUGGGCUGGUGGUCCUGAUACUGCUACUUGGGGCCAUUAUCAUAAUCAUUAAAAAAGGAAGGGAUUACUACUCAUACUCUUAUUAUCCUAGGAAACCAGUGAACAUGAAUAAGACCCCCAUGACGUACAGGCAAGAGAAGAGUAAUAUGAUGGGCUCCAUGGAGCGCAGUUUCACUGAUCAGAGCACUCUGCAGGAGGACGAGAGGAUGGCCUUGUCAUUUAUGGACACACAUACGUGCAGCACUCGCAGUGAUCCACGGAGCUCUAUGAAUGAGUCCAGCAGUCUUCUGGGCGGAUCACCUCGACGUCAGUGUGGCCGUAAAGGAUCGCCCUAUCACACGGGUCAGCUUCACCCGGCAGUGCGUGUGGCUGACCUCCUACAACACAUCAACCAGAUGAAAACCGCAGAAGGUUACGGCUUUAAACAGGAAUAUGAGAGCUUCUUUGAUGGCUGGGAUAUCAAUAAGAAGAAGGAUAAAACUAAGGGAAGGCACGAUACCCUGAUGGGUUAUGACCGUCACAGGGUGAAACUGCACCCACUGCUCGGUGAUCCCAACUCCGAUUAUAUCAAUGCCAAUUACAUCGAUAUUCGGAUAAACAGGGAAGGUUACCAUCGAUCCAACCACUUCAUCGCCACUCAGGGGCCCAAGCAGGAGACAGUGUAUGAUUUUUGGAGGAUGGUUUGGCAAGAAAACUGCUUUAGUAUCGUCAUGAUCACCAAGCUAGUGGAGGUGGGCAGGGUGAAAUGCUGCAAGUAUUGGCCAGAUGAGUCAGAGAUGUACGGAGACAUUAAGAUCACACUGCUGAAGACUGAAACUCUGGCGGAGUACACAGUGCGAACUUUUGCCCUGGAGCGGAGAGGAUACUCCGCCAAACAUGAAGUGUGUCAGUUUCACUUUACAUCGUGGCCUGAGCAUGGAGUCCCAUACCAUGCCACGGGUCUGUUAGCCUUCAUCCGGCGGGUCAAAUCCUCCACGCCACUCGAUGCAGGGCCUGUGGUGGUCCACUGCAGUGUGGGAGCAGGCAGGACAGGCUGCUAUAUCGUGCUGGAUGUAAUGCUGGACAUGGCGGAGUGUGAAGGAGUGGUGGACAUCUACAACUGUGUGAAGACCCUCUGCUCUCGCCGCAUCAACAUGAUCCAGACAGAGGAGCAGUACAUAUUUAUUCACGAUGCCAUCCUGGAGGCGUGCCUGUGCGGGGAGACGGCCAUCCCGGUAAACGAGUUUGCCCUGGCUUACAAAGAGAUGCUGAGGGUGGAUUCUCAGAGCAACUCUUCACAGCUACGAGAGGAGUUCCAGACACUGAACUCGGUGACUCCUCAUCUGGAUGUCGAGGAGUGCAGCAUUGCCUUGUUACCACGAAACCGCGAGAAGAACCGCAGCAUGGAUGUUCUCCCACCUGACAGGGCCCUCGCCUUCCUGGUGACCACUGAGGGAGAAAGUAACAACUACAUUAAUGCGGCACUGAUGGAUAGUUUCCACCGGCCUGCUGCCUUCAUUGUAACCCCUCACCCGCUGCCCGGCACGACCUCUGACUUCUGGAGGCUGGUGUUUGACUACGGCUGCACCUCUGUAGUCAUGCUGAAUCAGCUGAACCAAUCAAACUCUGCCUGGCCUUGUGUGCAGUACUGGCCCGAACCAGGUCUUCAGCAGUAUGGUCCUAUGCAAGUGGAAUUUCUGUCCAUGUCUGCAGAUGAGGACAUCAUCACCCGGCUUUUCCGGGUCAAAAACGUAACAAGACUGCAGGAGGGUCAGCUGGUCGUGUGCCAGUUCCAGUUCCUGCGCUGGUCUGCAUAUCGUGACGUGCCUGACUCCAAAAAGGCCUUCCUCAACCUGCUGGCCAGUGUGCAGAAGUGGCAGAGGGAGUGUGGGGAAGGUCGUACAGUAGUCCACUGCCUGAACGGUGGUGGCCGCAGCGGAACGUACUGUGCUAGCAACAUCCUGAUGGAGAUGAUCCAGUACCAGAACAUGGUGGACGUCUUCUAUGCUGUCAAGACCCUUCGGAACGCUAAGCCCAACAUGGUGGAGACACUGGAGCAGUAUCGUUUCUGUUAUGAGCUGGUUCUGGAGUAUUUGGACUGCUUGGAGGUCAGAUAGCGGAACCCCCCCCCCACAUGCAUCCCGCCAUGCUGACCUCACUGCAUGGAGCAGGACCACCGGCAGGCUCACUCUCACACCCCCAAUCACCUCUGCUUACCUUUUUACCUUCUUUCUGUCGUCUAACCCAGAUCCUAAAGCCAAAGGAAAAGGAUGGUACAAAAAAAAAAAAAAUGUGGAUUUGAGUUUUCUGCCUUUUACCCCAAACAUCUAAAUAUGUUCACCGUUCUGUGACAUGUCUGUUUUUUCGGUUUAGGAUAUUUUUAGCAUAUUUUCCUCAGAACAGUGAGUGAUUCCAGAGCCUGGCUUGAUGCGGUGUGGUUGGUUUAGCUCUGCUUGCAGAGAUAGUGGGCCGUUUCUAAAAACGGCAGCUUUAUUUUACACCUACCUGUUUCUCACUGGCUGGCUGGACUGAAAAGCAGAAAUAAACAUCACUUGGAGAAGAUCUCUUCAUGUGCAACACAGUGGAGCUGAGAGUCGGGCACCUUUACCGUGGCUCUUAAAAGGAGUCAGGCACCUGCCGUGCCCCUUAAAAAGCGCCAAAAGGACAAACACACACAUGCAUGCACACACAGAUUCAACCAGCAGACAGCUUUCCAUCAACUGCCUAUCAAGACGCUGAUGCCUCUUCAACGCUGUUUCUCCCUCAUGGGUACUUUUCUCUGAAGUUUUGUUCUUGUAUCAUCAGAGGCGGAGUUUAUUACUAUAUAUGGUGCCAUAUGUCUCAAGAGGAGAUUGACAGGAGAGUUGGGCGGCCACGUUGCCCCACUGUGGCUUUCCUAUAUUGUUGUGACUGUUGUCUUUUUUCCUCUCACUUGUAUAUAUACUUAACGUCUGCUGGAAAUCUCUUACGUCUUAAGGUGUAAGUCUCAAGUGCUAACACUGGCCCUGUGUGCUUAAAGUAAAGGAAGUACAUUAACAAGGGGCAGACGUGAUGGCAUUCUAAAGCUUGCGGUGGAUUACACCCUGACCUUUAUCCUCUCACUCAAUGGUUUUGAGCGAGCGCAGUUAAUAGUCUUUUUACAACGGCGCUGCGAAAUGGGAACGGAGGCGAAACUGUGUCAGAAGUGAGGAGAAAGAGACCAAAAGGAACACCGGCAAUCUUCUUCUUUUCACUUGUAACUAUUUAUCGGAGUGACUCGUGUUCUUUGAGUGGAUUUGUUUAAGAAUUGUGCAGCUUUGCGUGUACAGCUGAAUACUGGGCUCGAGAUUUUUCAAAGCAUUUCUUUAAGUUUACAUUUACAGUCCAUUUCUGUUGCAUUGCAGUAUGUGGUGGGCUUUAUUUGCCACUUUAAUAGCCGGAUACACAAUGCUUUAUCAUCUGAUUGUCAAGUGUGCAUUUCAUGUAUGGAACUGUUUUUUCAAGCAUCAGAUGUCUAAUCCCAUGUUAGCUAGUCAAAUUUCUGUAUCACAUUUUAAAAUAGUAAUUUUGGCCUUUCACACCUCAGAGGUCCCUUAUAUAUAUAUAUGUAUAUA